UUUAAACACUGCCCAAACCCAGGAGCGUUAUUCUGAACUCUGAGCUAAUUAACAGAGAGCCGAGGUGUCUGUGUUCCUGACAAACAUGUCUGUGAUUAGCCUGCUCCUAGCACACACCUCCACGGUGUCUCUGGCUUUAGUUUUAACUGGUUUUAUAUUUUUAUACUUUUACUGGAAAUCCUCCAAGUCGUCUAAUUACAGCUUCCCCCCCGGCCCGCCGGCUCUACCUGUUAUUGGGAACCUGAACAUUCUGGACCUGCACCGGCCGUACAAAACGCUGAGUAAGCUCUCGGAGACGUACGGCAAUGCGUUCACCUUCCACAUGGGUCCCAAGAAGUACGUGGUUUUGACAGGCUAUGAGGCGGUCAAGGAGGCUCUAGUAACCCAAGCAGAUGACUUCUCAGAGAGAGGCCAGACGCACACCACGGAUCAUUUCUCUAAAGGCGGGAAUGGUAUUGUCUUCGGUAAGGGGGAGUCCUGGAAGGUGAUGCGUCGAUUCACCCUCUCCACUCUGCGGGACUUUGGGAUGGGGAAGAAGACCAUUGAGGACCGGAUCAUCGAGGAGUCCCAGAGACUGGUGGAGGUCUUCCAGUCCCACAAAGGAAAACCCUUUGACCCCCAAAUCAUCAUCAACUCUGCUGUCUCCAACAUCAUCUGCUCCAUCGUGUUCGGAGACCGCUUCGACUACAGCGACACACAGUUCCUGAAUUUGCAAAGAAUUGUGAAUGAGACAACCAGGCUGGUUAUGAGCCCCAAGACACAGCUGUUUGACAUGUUUCCUUUCCUGGGCUUCUUCCUGUCUGAUCACAAGAAGGCAUAUACAAACAUCACAUUGUUUCAGGGGUACUUUAGAAACACAUAUAAGGAUCUUAAAGACACUGUGGAUAGCAAUGACCUGAGGAGCUUCAUCGACACGUUCAUCUCCAGGCAGAGAGAAGAGGAGGCCAGAAACUCCAAAUAUUUCCACGAGGAUAACAUGGCAGUCACAGCGUCGGAGCUGUUCGCUGCAGGGACUGAGACCACCUCUACCACCCUGCGCUGGGGGCUGCUGCUCAUGAUGAAGUACCCGCACAUUCAGGACAAAGUCCAGAAGGAGAUUGAGAGUGUGAUUGGGAGGGAGCGCCCCCCGCGGGCCGAGGACAGGAAGAGCAUGCCCUACAUGGACGCCGUGUUGCAUGAGAUCCAGAGAGUGGGCAACGUGGUGCCCAUGAACCUGCUGCACGAGACCACAGGGGACACCACCUUCCGGGGGUACAGGAUACCCAAGGGUACCCCGGUGAUCCCUCUGCUCUCCUCCGUGCUCUCUGAUAAGACACAGUGGGAGACCCCUCACCAGUUCAACCCCAACCACUUCCUGGAUGCGCAGGGCAAGUUUGUCAAGAGAGACGCCUUCAUGCCCUUCUCAGCAGGUCGGAGGGUGUGUCUUGGAGAGACCCUUGCCAAGAUGGAGCUCUUCCUCUUCUUCACCAUGCUCCUGCAGAAGUUUCACUUCCGCCCGCCCCAGGAGGUCAGCCCUGAGCAACUGGACCUCACCCCCACCACUGGCCUCACCUCCGGCCCCCAGCCCUUCCAACUGUGCGCCCUGAGCCACUGAGAGACCCUGUGAUACUGCAACCCUGCCUUACUGCAUCUGCUAGACAUUGCUACAGCCACUGACCCCUCACACUGGACCCUUCAGCCACUGAACUGCCAGGAUUCUGUCACACUGAGACCCUGUGAUACUGCGACCCUGCCUUACUGCAUCUGCUAGACCUUACUACAGCCACUGACCCCUCACACUGGACCCUUCAGCCACUGAACUGCCAGGAUUCUAUCACACUGAGACCCUGUGAUACUGCGACCCUGCCUUACUGCAUCUGCUAGACCUUACUACAGCCACUGACCCCUCACACUGGACCCUUCAGCUACUGAACUGCCAGGAUUCUAUCACACUGAGACCCUGUGAUACUGCGACCCUGCCUUACUGCAUCUGCUAGACCUUACUACAGCCACUGACCCCUCACACUGGACCCUUCAGCUACUGAACUGCCAGGAUUCUAUCACACUGAGACCCUGUGAUACUGCGACCCUGCCUUACUGCAUCUGCUAGACCUUACUACAGCCACUGACCCCUCACACUGGACCCUUCAGCUACUGAACUGCCAGGAUUCUAUCACACUGAGACCCUGUGAUACUGCAACCCUGCCUUACUGCAUCUGCUAGACCUUACUACAGCCACUGAUUUUCUGACUCAUAUUCACACAGUUACCCUGCUUGCAGAUUCAUAUUAUUUAAUCUGAUCACUUCUUAUACAAAGACAAAUUCUAGACAAUUGAGGAAUGCUUGCUUUUACAUGUAAUUGAUAUUUACACUGAAGCUGAGAUAUUAUCUUAAUGCUAUGCUUGCUGAGAUUAUUAUACUGACUUGAUUGUAUUGACUGUAUUGAUACUCAUUUUCUUUUCUGUUUUUGUUCCGUAUAA